GGCACUUCCGGUCCGCCAUGCUGUAGGCUCGCGACUCCCGGACUGAGGGAGAUUCCUGUGUUCUUUGUGCCGUGCUGUGACCCGCGGUCGGGAGCUGUGGGGAGAGCGGGGCGAGCUCGGAACCCGCCAUGGAUGCACUGACCUAUGAGGAUGUGCAUGUGAACUUCACCCAUGAAGAGUGGGCUUUGCUGGAUCCUUCCCAGAAGAGUCUCUACAAAGAUGUGAUGCUGGAAACCUACUGGAACCUCACUGCUGUAGGUUACAAAUGGGAAGACCAGAAUAUUGAAGAACAUCGUCAAAGUUCUAGAAGACAUGGAAGGUAUAUGAUGUGUCUCUCUGGAUCCAACUCAUGUGAUCCCAAGGGAUAUGGAAAGAAGCAAUGUGCCUCUCUCUCUCCCCCACAAAAUAGGAGCUAUGUAGUGGUUCCUGCUAUGAGAAGAUGUAGUGAUUGUGAUACAAGUGUUCAAUCAAUUGGAUUUCCAAGUUCACUGGGAACACUUCCACAAACACACGAUGGAAAAGAACCUUGUGAGUACAAGGAAUAUGGAAAUUCUUCUGCCUGCACUGGUUCAUGUUGCACAUGUAAUGUGACUGACACUGCUUGCAGUCAGUGUCCCCAAACUCUGAAUCCUUCUAGUUCUCUUCCAAGUGGUGAAAAGACUCAUUUGGGAAAAGGAUGCUGUAAAUGUGAGCCUUGUACAAAAGACUUGACCCAUCACAGGUGUCUUCACACACACAGAAGGUUCCAUAUCAAAGAUGAACCCUGUGAGGGUAAACAAUGUGACACAACAUUUAGAUCUGAUUCUUCUUUACAUUUGAAAAUGGAACCUUACGAGUAUAAUCAAGGUGAUCAAGACUUUGCAUGUCACAGUCAUCUUCAAGUGCCCAGAAUUCAUACUGGAAAGAAACCAUAUGAAUGCCAUCAAUGUGGAAAAGCCUUUGCACGUCCCAGUGAACGUAAAAUACACGAAAGAAGUCACACUGGAGAAAAACCCUAUGAAUGUAGUCAGUGUGGUAAAACCUUUGCAUAUCCCAGUAGCCUUCAAAGGCAUGAAAGAAAUCAUACUGUUGAGAAGCCCUUUGAAUGUCAUCAGUGUGGUAAGGCCUUUACACAUAACAAUCAUCUUCAAAGGCAUGAAAGAAGUCAUUCUGGAGGGAAACGCUAUGAAUGUCACCAGUGUGGUAAAGUCUUUGCACAUAACAGUCAUCUUCAAAGGCAUGAAAGAAGUCACACUGGAGAGAGACCCUUUGAAUGUAAUCAGUGUGGUAUAGCAUUUUCAUCUCGCAGUAAUCUUCUUAGUCAUGAAAGAAGUCAUGCUGGAGUGAAACCCUAUGAAUGUAAUCACUGUGGUAAAGCCUUUGCACGUAAGAGUCAUCUUCAAUAUCAUGAAAAAAUACAUACUAGAGAAAAAUCCUAUGUACCUCGCAGAAGAGGUAAAGCUUUGCACAGACGCCUUCGUGUUGGAGGUGCCAGUCCCAUGGGGUGUCCAUCCAGACCAUCAGCAGUGGUGACGUGGAACCAGUCAGAGCCUAGAAGAGAAGUUUGUACUGCGGAUGGCAGAGCCAGUGAAGGGACCCAGGCUCUUUGGAGAAACCCUGAAGCUUGUGAGUGGGUCCCAGCCAUUAGUAGUGGAGUUAUUUAUGCUGUCGGAGUUUCUUUUUCCUUCUUUCAGAAUGUGACUGCUCUGAUUCUUCCCUCUUGAAGGGGAAGGUAUUUAAUUUAAGUUUGAUUUUUAAUAAAGCCAUAAUUGAAAGACUUUGAA